AUGUCUGAAGCACGCCAAAUUUAUCCUUCUCUUGUUGUUACGUUUAAUGAAGAUAUUAAUAGUCUAAAAGAAUCAUCUAAAGGAACUAUAUUAGAACCAUUUUUUAAUGACAAUAGCCCAAUUAGUAGUGAUAUGACUGAGAUAGUUGCUGUAAAUGAUUAUAUUCAAAAGAAUUCAUUAGCUGAUCUUCCUGAUGUGUUUGUUUGUGAGAAAAUAGAAAAAAUGAUACAAGGAGGGGUUAAACCAUUUCAAGCAAUGGAAUUUGGUAAAAUAUUAGGGAAUAAUGAUAAGAUGACCUUAUUCUUUGAAAUGAUUAAACCUUCAACAAUGUAUUUCAUUGCUCAGGAAGAUGAAAAAAAAAUUUUAAGACUAUUUCUAUUUGGACUUUAUAAAAUGAAAGCACUAUCUCCACCUGUUUUGCGUAUUGUCAAACAAAUGUAUUUUGAACCAGUGAAUAUUCCAUGCCAAUCAAAGAUCAAAAAACCAAAAAAUGAAAUUUCUGAAUUAGUUAAUUAUAGACUAGGAGACAUGGAAAACGCUUUAGAUGAAAUGAGAAAGAAAGUUAGCCAAUUGACAAUGAAGGUUACUCCAAUUGAAUCAGAAGAAUCAUUAACAAUUCAGAAAAAUUAUAGUAAUGAAGAAAAAGAACUGGUAAAAGUCCAACCGAAACAAAACGAAAAGAAACCAAAUGAUAAUCCUUUCAUUUUUGUUUGUAGGGAGAAUAAGACAUACAUUAAAAUUAUUGAUGGAAAACUAAGAGGAAACGUUUAUUAUGUUGAUUGUAAUAAUGAAGAUAUAUCAAUUGAACUGAAAGAAGACCAACUUUUUAUUACUGAUUCUGAAAGAAAUAGUAUUCAGAUACAUCAAAUGGAUAUAUCAGAGAAAAUAGAAUUAUUAUGGGAGGUGGUUGAUCCUAUCUUUAACAGUAAUGUAGAAAAUAUGAAUAUUGAAUCAAUGACAACGAAUGAAAAUUGGCAAUUAUUUGAUGAUUUAUUAAAUAAUUAA